AUGGGCAAAACGUUGUUGCUUUUUGACGUUGAUGGAACCUUGACGGCUGCUAGAAAGGAUAUCACAUCGGAAAUGAAGGAAUUUCUGGCCAACAUUCGCUCUUCCGGAACGCAGCUAGCCGUCGUUGGCGGCUCGGAUCUCAACAAAAUUGCCGAACAACUCGCCGGACAGGAUCUUGAUCAUCUACUCCAACAAUUUGACUACGUCUUUGCCGAGAACGGUGUCGUUGGCUACCACGGAAAUGAGGCAUACCCAGUCCACAAAAUCCAAACUCGACUUGGCGAGGAUAAGCUGCAAGAUCUGAUUAACUUUGUCCUCGAAUAUUUCUCGAAACUUCGGCUGCCGGUGAAACGGGGCAACUUUGUGGAGUUCAGAAAUGGCAUGAUCAAUUUCUCGCCGAUCGGCAGAAGCUGUACGCACGAGGAGAGGGCCGACUUUGUAGUUUACGACAAUCAGCAUAAAAUUCGUGAGCAAUUUGUGAAAAUUUUGGAAGAAAAAUUCGCAUCUUACGGCCUGACUUUUGCUAUUGGCGGCCAAAUCUCGGUGGAUGUCUACCCGACCGGCUGGGACAAGACGUUCUGUUUGCGUUACCUGGAGAAAGAAUUCGACAGCAUCCACUUUUUCGGGGAUCGCACGAUGCCGGGCGGCAACGACCACGCGAUCUACAUUGACAACCGGGUCACCGGGCACGCCGUCGAGGGGCCCAUGGACACAAUAAGUCAGGUGGAAACCGUACUGAAGUCAUCAAGC